AUGGGGGGACCCGGCUCCCCCCAACCCUUGAAACUCCGCCCCCACGGAGCCACGCCCCCGGCCCGGGGCGGCCAAUCGGAGAAAAUCGGCAAAGACCUGCGGGCUAAGGUGGAUAUCCACAACACCAACGUGGGCAUCAAGGCCGUGAAGAACGGUCUCAAAACCACGUGCAAGUGCCAUGGUGUCUCGGGCUCCUGUGCCGUGAGGACCUGCUGGAAGCAGCUCUCCCCUUUCCACGAGACUGGCAAGAUCCUGAAGCUGCGCUAUGACGAUGCUGUCAAGAUCUUCAGUGCCACGAAUGCUGCUGUGGGGCACUCCGAGCUCGUGGGCACGCAGAGACACGGCCACUCCCCCAAAAGCCCGGCUACUCCACGCCCCACGGAUCUGGUGUACGUGGAGGACUCGCCCAGCUUCUGCCGGCCCAGCAAAUACUCGCUGGGCACUGCCGGAAGGACAUGCUCCCGGGAGGCCAGCUGUGACAGCCUGUGCUGUGGGCGUGGCUACAAUACGCAGAGCCGGCUGGUCACCUUCUCUUGCCACUGCCAAGUGCAGUGGUGCUGCUAUGUGGAAUGCCAGCAGUGCAUGCAGGAGGAGGUGAUCUACAGCUGCAAGCACUAGGGCUCGUGUAAGGAAAGGAAUCCGUGCAAAGCGCAGGAGUGAGCCAGGCCCCUUUCUGGGGCGAGGCAGAGGCAGGCACUGCUUGCCGCCGGGCACUCAGCACGCUCACUCCUUCUCCCUCUGCAGGCGGAGGGGCCAUGGCACAGGAUACGCUCGAUAGGCCCGUGAACCAGGGGUGCAAACAAAGUGCAUUUUAAUGUGGCGAAAUGUCUCUAGCUAGGAACAAAGAAUAUAGGCCAUAAAUACAGCCUGGGGGACUGCGUCCUGUGACUCUGAAAGAGAGUCAGGGGUCGUGGUGGACAAUCAGCUGAACAUGAGCUCCCAGGGUGGUUCUGUGGCCAAAAGAGCUAACGCGAUUCUGGGAUAAACGGGGGAAUCGUGAGUAGGCAUAGAGUUUUUUUCCUCUGUAUUUGGCACUGCUGCAAUAACGUGUCCACUUCUGGUAGCAACACUUCAAGGAAGGUGUUGAUAAAUUGGAGCAGGUUCAGCGAAGAGCCACAAAAAUGAUUCAAGGAUUAGAAAACACGGUAGACUCAAGGAACGCAACCUUAACAGAGAAGGUUAAGGGGUGACUUGAUCUUUCAAUCCAGCAGCGAAAGAUGUAACACGAUCCCAUGGCUGGAAGUUGAAGUUAGCCAAAUUCAGACUGGAAAUAAAGCACACAUUUUUAACAGUGAGUAAUUAACUAGUGGAACAAUUUACCAAGGGUUGUGGUGGAGUCUCUAUCACUGACCCUUUUUAAAUCCAGACUCGAUGUUUCUCUAAAAUCUGCUCUAGGAAUUAUUUUGGGGCAGGUCUCUGGCCUGUGUUAGUCUAGUCUGAUCUCCUGUCUAUCUCAGUGGUCCCUUCUGGGCUUGGAAUCUCUGCAGAACCAGAGGCUGGGUCAGGGACAGCUCACACACAAAGGGCAGAGAGAAGUUGGGGAGAGGGAAAGAUGGCAGAAACACUAAUGCACUAGGAACUUCUUUCUUGAGCGAAACCUUGUGCUUGAUGGGAGUAAAAACAACCAGUUGCAGAGAAAUGGGUUAGGGAGGGAACACAAACCCUGAGGGACUUUGUCCCAGCUUCCACAGGGAAGGAGAGGAAGGGAUAAUGGGGUUCCCUUGUGCUGGGCACUGCGGAUGGAUUGGGUAAAACUUUAAAAAGUGCCUAAGUCACUUAAGCAAUUUCAAAAUGUUAACCACAGCAAGACACAGCAUCCCUGCCCUGAAGUGCUCACAACCUAAUGCAAUAAGGCAGGCCCAGGAGGGGUAGGAACACGGGCCCAGAAAAGGGAAGGGACUUGCUCGCCCGGCAGAGCUGAGAAGAGAACCCGGUCUCUUCACUCCUAGUCCCCUGCCCUACCCCACCCCUCAGUUCUGCUUGGUGUCUUUUAAGUGUUAGCAAGAUGUUGCUGUGGGGGGCUCCCUAGGCUGCAGGUGUUCUGACUCCUCUCACGUGGAAGAUUUAAAACUGCGGCCUCAAAUCCAAAUCCCUGAGAACUUGGAGGGUCGAGGGAGAAAGAAAGUGGGUUUGAAUUCUCCAAUCUGAACUGGCCCCUGUGCACUGGGGCUGCGGGUGCACUGAACAGAACCGUUUGGGUGUAGCUGAGUUCUCCCAAGAGGCUGGCAACGUUCUGGUGCUGUUAAAUAGGCCAGGGCUAGACCUCGAGCCCAACUGUCUAGUUUCUAACCUUGGUGUGCGUCCAAGUUGUAACCCGUUCGUGCUGUGACAUGUGAGGACACUCAAAGAGCUCGGCUUGUUUAGCCUAACCAGACGAAGGCUGAGGGGAGAUCUGAUUGCUCUCUAUAAAUACAUCAGAAGGAUAAAUACCAGGGAGGGAGAGAAGUUAUUUAAGUUAAGUGCCAAUGUGCACACAAGAACAAAGGCCUAUAAACUGGCCAUCAACAAGUUUCGGCUUGAAACUAGGUGAAGGUUUCUACCCAGCACAGGAGUGAAGUUCUGGAGCAGCCUACCAAGGGGGGUAAAAAACCUUCAAGACUGAGCUUGGUAAGUUUAUGGAGGGGAUGGUCUGAUUGGCUAUAUGCCAUUGUUGGCAGUCCCAUCUGUGACUGCUAGCAGCAAAUAUCUCAUAUGGCCAGUGAUGGGACAUAAGAUGGGGAGAGCGCUGAGUUGUUACUACAGUGAAUUCUUUUCCAGGUGUCUGGCUGCUGGGUCUUGCCCACAUGUUUAGGGUCUAACUGAUGACCAUAUUUGAGGGUGGGAAGGAAUUUUUCCCUGCUCAGAUUGGCAGAGACCCUGGAGGGAGGUUGCCUUCCUCUGUAGCGUGGAUUCUCUGUAACUUGAAGUCUUGAAAGCAUGAUUUGAGAACUUCAGUAACUCAGCCGGAGGUUAGGUGUCUGAUACUGGAAGGGGAAGGUGAGGGUCUGUGGCUUGUGCUGUGCAGAAGGGCUAACUAGAGGAUCAUGAGGGUCCCUUCUGACCUUAAAGUCUGAGUCUCAGACACAGGUUCAUUAGCUCACUUCCACACCGUAUUAAAAAAAUGGCUUUGAGACUGUAAAUUAAUGCCCGUGCCUCUAUUCAUAUAUGAGCUUGUGACCAUUUAGUUUAAA